AUGAGCUUAAACUGGGGUAUUUUGGGUGCUGGAAACAUCGCCGGGCAAUUCACUCGUGACUUGGUGAAGAGCAACUUGACUUCUUCCCCUCAAUGGAAGCACCGAGUUGUGUCGGUGGGGUCGCUGGACGCUGCUCGGGGAGCCAAGUUUAUCGAGGCCAAUGGCAUUUCCGGCAAGGGCAACGACGACGUGGUCGCCAAAGUGGAGUCGUACGAUGAUCUCUACGCCAACCCUGACGUGGACGUGGUGUACGUGGCCACCCCUCACGUGUUCCACAAGGAGCAAGUGAUCAAGGCGUUGGAAGCAGGGAAACACGUUCUCUGUGAAAAGCCAAUCACCGUCAAUGAGAAGGAUGCCGCUGAGCUUACGCAAUUGGCUAAGGAAAAGGGUAAGUUCCUCAUGGAAGGCGUGUGGACACGGUUCUUCCCCGCCGUACAAGAACUUAAAAAGCUUGUGUUUGACCAACAAGCCAUUGGUACCGUCAACCGGUUGUUUUCUGAUUUCGCUUAUAACGGUGACGUCGCUGACUUGCCCACCCUGAGUCGUGUUCGUGACAUCAAAUUGGGUGCCGGUUCCCUUCUCGAUAUUGGCAUUUAUUCGUUAACCUGGGCUCGCCUCUUACUCGAUAAGCAAGUGGGUGACAAACACACUCCCUUCAAAGUGGUGCUGAGUCUCUACCUUGACCCUGAAGACGGGGUUGACCAUAAAGCCGCAUUUAUCGUCCAAUACCAAAACGGUGGUCAGGGCAUCCUUUCGUCAUCGGAGCUUUCUGAUGGACCCUCUCCAUUUGCUCGUCUUGAAGGUAGUAAGGGUCACAUUGAGAUCUUUGCUAAAAACCCUGCUGCUCCCGAGAAGUUUGUUGUCCACUACCGCGAUGGUCGUGAACCCUACGUGUGGGAAGAUAAAUCGGGGUUCCAAGGGUUCAUUUAUGAGGCUAACGCGGUGGCUGAUGACAUUAAGGCUGGUCGCUUAGAAUCGCUGGUGAUGCCUCACGCGGAAACGUUAUUGGUAAUGAAGACGAUGGACGAGAUCCGUAAGGCGCUGGGGCUCAAGUACCCUCAGGACAACUAG